AUGCUGCGGCCGGACGAGGCGUCCGUCGAGCAUGUGUUCGGUGACGCGUCGUCGCUGGCUUCGGACAACCAAGAUGUACAAUUAACAGACGAAGAGCUGGAGACGUUGCCGGUGAAGGAUUCCCAUCACGCAAUGCUGCUGUUGAGGCUCUCGUUGUUCCACGUUGGUCAGCUGAUAGACAGAGGCGAGCUCUCGGAGCAGUCCUGCACGAACUACCAGCGUUCCACGUCGUGCCUUCUCGGUAUACUGAGGGCUCUUGCCGCCUCGCCGAGCGAGAGGGACGAGCUGGUGGGCGACUACUUCAAGUGCGCGGUUUCGCACCCGUCGUUUCUGGAGGCCUUGGCCCCCGGCGGAGGGCGGCUGGUGGCGGGCUUGUUCGCGGGCACCGUCGAGGCGGCGGCGAAGGCGGUCCCGCGCCGGGAGUUGGCGCCCCUGCGACGGAGGCUGCUGCUCCAGGCCCGCGCGUUGCUGGCCGGCGGUCUCGAGGGCUGCCCCGAGCUACUGCGCGUGCUGGGGUUGUUCCAGUUCGACGUGCAGGAGGCGGGAGGGCUCCUGCGGCAGGCGGCGGCCUCGCCGACGGAGCUGCUCUGGCUGCCCGGCGACCCCGCGCGGCUGUCUCCCGUCGGCUUGCUGCUCGCCCUCCUGCUGAGGAAGGUGUUCCUGGAGCCGUGCCGGGGAGCCCUGGAGCGCGGCGCCGUGCUGCAGGGCGUGGUCGAGGGAGCGGCGCGCCACGUCGUCUCGCUCCAGGACGCACGCCUCGAGGACGUGUCCCAGCUGGAGGGAGGGCUCUUGCAGUUCCUGAAGAAGUACCCUCACUACCUGGAGCACGUGCCUGAAGAGCUGCUGAGGGGCCUGCUGGGGAACCCGGACCGCUCCGGCACGGCGGCGAAGCUGUGCGUGCUGCUGGUGGGGAGGAGUGCGCGGCUGGCGGCCGUGUUUUCCGAGCUGGCGCUGGAGCGCGCGCACGUGCUGGAGUCGGCCAUGUGCUUGUUCGCCGUGCUGUCGGCCGCCCUCGCGCACGGCCCCGGAGCCGUGGACGCCGCGCUGCUGCGGCGCGUGUACGAGCGCUACCGCGGCCCCAUCUGCCGUGCGGUGGUCCAGUCCGAGGACGUGCCAGCCUGGGUGACGAGACACGUGGACGCCGUCGUCGCGCUCAUCGACACCUGCAUGGGCGCGGAGACGUGCCGGGAGCUGUGCGCACGGGUGGCGGAGGAGGGCGCGGUGCGCGACACGACCCACCAGCGCCUCCUGCACGCGGUGUUCGCGCGCUCCGGCCGGGAGGGGGACGCGUGGUGCGCCGUGCUGCUGGGGGCGUGCCGGGACGAGACCGUGCUGCACCGCCUGGACCAGCUGGUCCUGGGGCUGCAGAAGGGCGCCGCGCUGGCCGGGACCCGCAGCCUCGCGGCCGUGCGGGAGGACGGGCGCUGGUGGGAGUUGGCGCGGCUGGCGCUGGCCCGGGGCAUGCAGGGGUCGCCCCGGCUGCUCGCCGCGCUGGCGGAGCUGUGCGGCGUGCUGUACGAGGACGGCAGCGACCACCCGCGCGCCACGGAGCUCUUCAGCGCGCUGGCGGCGCACCCUGGCUUCCUGCCCUCCCUCAUGGGCACGGCCGCGGGGAAGAGGCCGGUGCUGGAGCUGUGGCUGGCGCUGACGAAGAAGGCCCCAGCGGUAAUGAGCCCCGCCCACGUGCCGACGCUACUGGGCGCGUACGGGGCGUCUCUGUCCCUCGCCGACCAACUCGUCCUAUUGCUGCUGCGGCGGUACGAGGGCGGCGGGGUGAGCCUGGAGGGGUGCCGGCCCUACCUGUGGGGGCACGCAGCGGCCGCCCACUACGGGGCGCGCCCCCCGCUGGCCGCGGCCCUGUGGCAGCAGCCCAGUGUCGCCCAGGUGCUGGAGCUGCUCUCCGAGGACAAGGUCACCAGCACGCUGCAGCGCUUCCCGCUGGACCGGCCCCUCCACGUGGAGGGGCAGCCGCACGCCGACCAGCCGCGCGUGUACGACCCGGCGUUCUUCCUGCCGCUGCUGAGCCACCUGCUGAGCCCGGAGAACGAGGUGCGCGUCAGCAAGGUGCACGGCAGCGGCGCGCUGGCCCUCUGCAUCGCCGCGCUGUCCAGCGACCACCGCCGCCGUGCGCCAUGCCGCCUGCCACGCCUCGCGCGCUUCUACUGCCAUGUGGAGGCCAGCUGGCAGAGCAAGGAGAAGCAGCUGUGGCUGCACGUGGUGGACGCGCUGCGCCGCGCCGCGCCGGGCGGCCCCGAGGUGCCGCAGCUGCCCUCUGUGGUGACGCUGCACCUCGCGCACGCCACGCGCCUCAUCUCGAACCCCAGCAGCCCGCUGGGCGCGGCGCUGCACAACUACGUGUGCCUGCGUCCCGCGCUGCGCCUGGACGACGUGCCAGACUUCCUGCGGCUCUUCCACAGCCGCGACGUGCACCACCGGGAGCACCGCCGGUUCAUCCUCGAGUUGCUGCAGCACGGGAUCCGGCGCGAAGCGGACUUCCACCUCAUGCGCAACGCCUUCGUCUACAAGAUGCUGAUGACCUUCUAUUCCUCCGUGCUGGCGGACGACAGUUGCAAGGUGCUGAUCCUGCAAGUGCUGCAGUCCACCGCGCAGCUUCCCGCGGCCGCGGCCGCGCUGGUAUCUAGCCACGGCCUACUGCCGUGGCUGGACGGCGUGGUGGCGCGGCUGGAUAGCAGGCACACGCGCGCCAGCUAUGCCGUGCUGCGCCUGCUCUGCCGGCUGUGGGCCUCGCUGGCCGCGCGGCCGGGCAGCGCCGCGGGCCCGCUGCUGCGCUUGCUGCUGCGCGUGCUGCCAGGCCUGCAGCCCGAGCUGCCCGCGCACGCGCUCGCCGAGUACACGGCCGCACUGUCAGGUGCCGCGGCCUCGAGCCCCCCGGGGGUCCUGGCGUACGAGGACGUCGCCGCGGUGCUCCGCUACUGCCGGCCCGCCCUCGGGCCCCUCGCCGACCUGCACGCGCUGCUGGCGUUCGGGGGCCGCUUCGUGAAGUACAAGCCGUGCAGAGUUGCGAGCACGAAGAAGGGCUUCGCUCGUUCGAACCUGAUCCAGGCCCACCUGCACCUGCGCUCCUUCGUGCUCGCCUGGCUCGAGCGGACGCCACAUCCUGACUAGACGCUUGCAAGUCGCUUGCACCAAAGCUGUGUAUUUUGUUUUUUUUAAUAUUGUUAAAAUAAAUGUGUAAGAUCUCA